AUGCUUGGUAUCAAAACCAGAUCUCCGGAGAUAACAAGAGAUGUGAGAGAAAAGGACGUACGCCGUGAAAGAAAUGAUACGGACCUUCCAUUUGACAAAACGACUCUGUCAACAGAAGAUACCAAAGCAUAUCUCGAGGAUGUCGGAAAGCUCGGCUGGCUUACAGACAAAUCACGUCCUGAUAUUGCUGUCGCAGUCAACAAAUUGCAGAGACGAUCUUCCACUCCAAGAAUAGAGGAUCAAGAAGCAGUUAAACAGUUGAUCCGAUACAUAAAAGGAACGAUGAACCUUGGUAUUUUACUAGGGAAAGACUCGACAGGAUUGGCUGGCUACGUGGAUGCUUCAUAUCAAGAUUGUGAGGAUGGUAAAAGCACUGAAGGGUUUAUCUUCUUUUACGCAGGAGGCCCAGUCAGCUGGUCUUCGAGAAAAGAAGACAUUGUCGCGAGGAGCAGCACCACUGCAGAAUACGUGGCGUACGAUGCUGCUAUCUAG